AUGUGCGCGACGCCAAUCGUGGCGAACGCCGCCAACACGUGCGUGAACUGCCUCAAGUCGCAGGUGGACGUGACCGAGGGCAUCCCCAAGGAGGUGAUCAUCCACCAGUGCCGCGGCUGCAUGCGCUGGUCGCGUCCGCCUUGGGUGGCGGCCGAGCUCGAGUCCCGCGAGCUGCUGGCCAUGUGCCUCAAGAAGAUCAACAACCUCAACCGCGUCAAGCUCAUCGAUGCCAACUGGAUCUGGACGGAGCCCCACUCGCGCCGCCUCAAGCUCAAGCUCACAGUGCAGAAGGAGGUCAUGAGCAAGAUGAUCAUGCAGCAGUCGUUCGUCGUCACCUUCGUGGUGCGCAACCAGCAGUGUGACGCCUGCCAGGCCUCGUUCGCCAACCAGUCGUGGCGCGCGGUCGUGCAGGUGCGCCAGCGCGUGGACCACAAGCGCACGUUCUUCUUUCUGGAGCAGCUGAUCCUCAAGCACCGCGCCCACGAGAAGACCACGAACAUCGAGUCCCACCCGGACGGUGUCGACUUUUUUUUCUCGGAGCGCAACCACGCGCUGCGCUUCGUUGAUUUCUUGCAGGAGUCAGUGCCCAUGAAGCUCAAGACCGCCAAGAAGCUGAUUUCGGCAGACAACCACAGCAACACGCACAACUACAAGUUCACGUAUGCAGUGGAGAUUGCGCCCGUGUGCAAGGACGACUUGGUUGUGCUGCCGGUGAAACUCGCUCGUAUGCUCGGCAACAUGUCUUGCCUGUGUCUCGUGCAGUCGGUUACCUCUUCGAUCCACGUCGUUGACCCAUUCACGACCCAAGUUGCGGAGAUUGACUCCGAGAAGUACUGGCGCUACCCGUUCCGUGCGCUGCGAUCGAUCAAGGCCAUGACGGACUUCACGGUGCUGGACUCGAACCCCAUGGCGAUUCCUUCUGGUGGCGGCCGUGCCAUUCGUGUGACCCGCAAGACGCGAUUGGCCGACAUGGAGGUAGUUCGCGACGCGGAUUUCGGCGUGAAUGACGCGCGGUUCCGCACUGUGAGCCACCUUGGCAUGAUUCUGCACGUUGGCGACUCGGCUCGCGGCUACGACCUUACCUCCGCUGUGUUCAAUGAUGCCGACCUAGCGCCCCUAGUGCAGUCGGGCGUGUCGUUGCCUGACGUGGUUCUCGUGAAGAAGAUGUUCCCUCGUCGUAUCCAGAAGCGUGCGCGCAACUGGAAGCUGAAGAAGAUGGAAGGUGUCGAGCAGGCAGGCCCUGUUCGCAAGGCCGACCUCUCCAAGGAGGAGCAGGACUAUGAGCAGUUCCUGGACGAGCUGGAGGAGGACAAGGAGAUGCGUUCCCAGAUCAACCUGUACAAGGAUGAAACCAAGCAGACGAAGCCGUCGGAGGAUGACGACGCCAUGGAGGAGGACGAUGUUGGUGCUCCGGCUGUGGAGCUGCAUGAGCUGCUUGACGACCUGGCCAUGAAGGAGGACGAGCCCACGCCGCAGAUUUUGUCCGAGGCUGAAGCCAACCAGGCCUCCGCAUGGGAGCUGGAGGAACUGUAA